GUGAUGAUGUGAUUAUUCUUUCUGAUCUGCCUUAGUAUGUUAAGAAUACAUUUUCGAUAUUAUGUUCAAUCUGUCACUUAUGAAGUCUAAUAUUCCAUUCAAAAUUGAAAGAUGUGGCAACCUUGCCAACUAACCUCACAUUCUGAGCCUCAUCUUUCAAUGCUAUGUAAACGGAAAAUUAUUGAUGUUUUAAACUUCUAUUUGUGUCUCGCGAUUGUUUAGCUAAGUUUUCAAAACGCCUUACAAGUGCUGCGUUCCUAAUUGUGUUGGUAAUUACGGGAAGGGUCCGAAGGUACACGUAUUUUCGUUUCCAUUGAACGAAAACUGUCGUAAAAGAUGGCUCAAUGCAAUCCCUCGUAGUGAUUUAGUGGUUACAAAAUACACCCGAGUAUGUAAUUUGCACUUUGCUGAGGACAGCAUCAUUUAGGAAUCCACCUUCCAUGACGAAAAGACAGGACAUAUCAAGCAGAAGAAGCCGAGAUGAGAAAUUGAGGGACAAGGAACAAGAACAACUACUUAAAGCACUGCAAACUAGCAUUGAUGAUUAUUCCUCCUAUCAAAAAUCAACUUGUUUUCAAAAUUAUUCAGACUUUCUCACAGUUUUCAGUUCAUGGCAAUGUCCAUAUAGGUGGCAUAAAAUUGUUCAGGAUAAAGUUACUUUGUUUAAGUUAGAAAUUAAACCAGCACCCAUCAUAACUCACUCUGUAAUUGCUGAUAAAGAUCUCAAUGUAAAAACGUAUAUGUACUCCCAAGAAUUGUUACUCAACUCAGGUAAUAUUAAAACUCCAUUUUUAUUAUCUAAUAUACACCACUUGGAUGAUGUUCUGCAUGUUCUUUCUGAGAAUGCAGGUGCUUCGAGGGAAUAUUCAGGUAAAGACCAGUUCAGAGCCACUAUCAACCAUGCUUACAAUAUUUUAAUAGCACAGAACUAUUCACCGAUGAAGAGACCCACACUGUCAUUCAAUUUAUUUGUGAGCAACUAA